CGUUACACCAGGUCGUAACAUGUGCACGAGCAUAUCUUGCUGAGGACAACAUUCAAAAUGAGAAGAAUCGCUAACAUUCCUACUAUGGUACAGGCAAUUACAGUGCUGACGGUUUUGAAGAUGCUAACCAACGCGCAAACAACAUGUAAUCAGGGGCUAGGCCGCGUUGUAUACGAAAGAUUACCUGAUCAACAACUCCAAGGAUUUGAUGAUGAUGUCGUUCGAGACACAGCGCCACCAUUCCGUGUUCUGGAGAAAUGCCAAGAGCUGUGCUUACGAGAUCGCACAGCCACAAACAACCUGGUGCGAACAUGCACCUCCUUCGACUUCCAGCCUGGCAGUCGUAUUGCCUCGUUCAGUGGGUCAGUGGUCGAGUAUGAGGAGUCCACUUGCUACCUCACUCGUGAGCAGGCUCAUCCUGAGGGCAUUGGCAAUCUUGUCUUGGUGCCAAACAGUGUUCACUAUACCGAAGUCUGCCUCUCAUCGAGUCGAGUCGAAAGGGAAUGUCCGAACCGGCACUACGUUUUUGAAAGGCAUGCAAGAAAAAAGUUGAAACUACCAAUGACCGACAUCAAAGAAGUUAUCGCCGCAAACCGAACAGAUUGUGAGGAUAGGUGUCUGAAUGAGUUUGGCUUUGUGUGUCGAUCAGUGUCGUACGAUGCGACUGCUCGCAGUUGCUGGUUGAGUCGUUUCACAAGACGUUCUCAUCCUGAACUGCUAGAAGACGAUGCCAAUUCCGACUAUUUAGAAAACACAUGUUUGAAUGCUGAAAGACGAUGUGAUGGUCCUAUCAUUUUUGUUAAAGAGGAGAAUAAACGAUUAGGAGGGCCUUUUGAAGUAGACAUCUACACAAAUUUAUCUCUCGUUGAGUGCCAAGCUCAGUGCUUGCGAGCGGAGAAGUACUUCUGUCGUUCGCUAGAGUAUGAUGAGCAAAUCAGAAGGUGCAUCAUAUUUGAAGAAGACUCCAUGUCACAAAAAGAUGAUCUUCGCACCAGCAGUAGUCCAACUCACGAUCUCUACGAUUUAGUAUGCUUGGACAGCCCAAAAGGAAGCGAAUUUCCGGAGAACUCGUUGACAUCACACCUGUUUGCGGACGGCCGGCGACCGGAUACGGCAUUCCAGCGCUAUCGCAACAGUCGAUUAGGCGGCGAAUUCCACUCGGAAAUCACAGGCCGCUCACUGAGCGAAUGCCUGGACGAAUGUCUGCGGCAAGCCAGCUUCCAGUGUCGCUCGGCCGUCUACAGCGACCGCUUCCGCAUCUGCCGGCUCAGCCGCUUCAAUCAGCGCGACGGGCAUCGCAUCAUCUACGAUGCUGACUAUGACUACUACGAGAAUCUCAUGAACUACUAUGAUGGUGAUGGAGGUACACAUAAUCACCUUCGACCCGAUCCACUUGGACAAGAUACAACCUAUCAUGGUCAUGGACGGCCUCCUUAUACACCAAUUGGAGGAAACGCAUAUGGCGGACAGGCAGCUUACGGUGGUUAUCCCGGAGCAGGGUACCCGGACACAGCCGGAUAUUGGGGAGGGGGCCCAGCGCCAGGGCAAGGUGGAGCAGGGGGCCAUGAUCCUAACCUGGCCCCGGGAUACGGUCCAGGACUUGGCUAUGGGCACAAUGCUCUACCACCACCCCCGCCACCACCCUUGGGGGCCCUUGGGCCCGGGGUCGCCGCGGGAGGCCCCCCUGGCUACUAUGGAUUUGAGCCAGGGCGGCCCUUCUCCACUCGCUGUGAUGACACCGACACUUUCAAACAGAUGAUGGUUUACAUAGUCAUUCACCACAAAGACAUACUGAAGGUCACAUUAGCAUGGAAGAUCCACCAAGCAACAGGGAAAAGAAGGGGUGCAUCAACUAAGUCGGCCACGUUUGAUGUUAUAUCCGCUUACUUGGAGAGUGAAAGAAUAUUUUAUAAUAAACAAUAUGGUUUCAGAAGGGGUGCAUCAACUAAGUCGGCCACGUUUGAUGUUAUAUCCGAUUUGUUGGGGGCUCUGGAUGGGUUGCGGAGGGCUGUGGGUGUCUUCUGUGACUUAUCCAGAGCGUUCGAGAUGGUCGAUCAUGAACUCCUUUUGAGUAAGCUUAAAUUUUAUGGAUUUAGAGGUCAUGCAGAGGUGUUUUUGAGAUCCUAUCUUGUGGAUAGAUACCAGGCUGUGAAAAAUGAUUGUGAGGGCUCUCAGGUGCUUUCUGAAUGGCAGCUGGUUAAGCGAGGGGUUCCUCAGGGCUCCAUACUUGGGCCUACAUUGUUUAAUAUAUUUAUCAACGACUUGUCCUACAAUGUUGAUGGUAAAUUGGUGUUGUAUGCUGACGACACAACAAUCUUACUUGAAGGGAACAACUAUCAAGAUGUCAUGGAGAAGGCUAAGAUUGCCAUGCAGCAGCUCAAUGGAUGGUUUUAUGAUAAUUCCUUGAAGCUUAAUCUAAGCAAGACAAAUUUUAUUAAGUUCUCUAUGAGAGGUAAUGAGAAUGAUCCAGCUAUUGUGGGAUGGGAGUGUCCUGCUACUUAUAAGACAAAGUUUCUGGGGAUUGAAUUGCAGGCAAACUUGAAGUGGGAUGGUCACAUAGAGAAACUCCAGAAAAGGCUUUACCAUGCUCUCUUUGCUCUGAGGACUGUUAAGUCGAAUUCAAAUCUCAAGACAGCUCUAAAGGUUUACCAUGGCGAUCUACCUGAGUUGGAACAUGAUACAGUUGCAACAUUUGCUGAUGACACGGCUGUACUAACUCUGGGCGACAACAGUCAGGAAUCUAUGAGGAAACUUCAAGAUGCUGCUGAUGAAAUCUCCAGUUGGGCUAAACUGUGGAAAAUCAAAGUGAAUGAGACCAAGUCUGUCCAAGUCAACUUCACAAACAGAAAAUGUGAGCAAAUUCCCCUAGCCAUCAAUGGGAAACCUGUUCCAUUUGCUAACGAGGCCAAAUACCUAGGCAUGACUCUGGAUGCAAGGUUGCGUUGGAAAGCACAUGUGAAGAAGAAGAGAGAAGAACUAGGUAUCAGAUAUAGAAGAAUAUACUGGUUGAUAGGCCGAAAUUCUGCUCUUUCAACUUACAACAAGAUCCUCAUCUACAAGCAAAUCCUGAAACCAAUAUGGAUGUAUGGAAUCCAACUCUGGGGCUGUGCCAGCAAGAGCAACGUCGAUGUAAUCCAACGAUUCCAGAACAAAGUUUUGAGGAACAUCGUCGAUGCUCCAAGAUUCAGCCGAAACGCCGACAUUCACAGAGACCUGGGGGUGGAGUUCGUUGCAACAGAGAUUGGGCGCUUCGCACGCAAGCAUGCAGACAGGAUCCAACGAGCUUCAGCAGCUGCACCCUUUGGCACGGCUCGCGAUAAUUGCGAGCUAAGUGAUCACGACUCCAGGGAUCUCAAUCUCAAUAAUCCGGCGUUUUUUGAGAACACUGGUGAAUACGACUACUAUGAACGGUCGCAAAGUAGAUCCGGACCAGGUGGUGACUGUCUUGAUGUUAGUCAAGUCUGCAGUGAAGACGGUAUGGAGUUCACUUUGAAAACUCCUGAACCUUUUAUUGGACGAAUUUACACUUAUGGAUACUACGAUAGAUGUUUCUAUCGUGGAAAUGGAGGAACAGCCAACGUGUUGAGAAUCAGUGGAGCUCAAGGAUACCCAGAUUGUGGAACUCAGAGAUAUGGAGACACAAUGACAAAUAUAGUGGUGGUUCAGUUCAGUGAUUAUGUGCAAACGGGACGAGAUAAGAGGUACAAUCUAACAUGCCUAUUUCGUGGCCCUGGUGAAGCAGUGGUCACCUCAAGCUAUAUGACGGCCAACUCUGGCAGUCCCAUUCCGAUAGAAUACCUGCCGGCUGAGAACUCUCUGAGCUCGAGAGUGAGACUACUGAUAUUAUUCCAAGGCAGACCGACCAACACAAUAGCAGUGGGUGAUCCUCUUACUUUCCGGUUGGAAGCCCAAGAUGGAUACAAUUAUGCCACUGACAUAUUCGCCACAAACGUCAUAGCUAGAGAUCCCUAUUCGGGCAGAUCUGUGCAACUCAUCGACAGAUAUGGGUGUCCGGUAGAUAACUACGUAUUUCCAGGACUGGACAGGUCUCGAGAAGGAGACGGGUUGGAAGCCAGAUUUAAUGCAUUCAAGAUUCCAGAAUCGAACUUCUUGGUUUUUGAAGCAACUGUACGAACCUGUAGAGAUGGAUGUCAGCCGGCCUACUGUACAGCACCGUCUGGUAAAAAUGAGCCAUCGCUCGGUAGAAAGAGAAGGGAGGCCAACACAGCCGUCGCUCAAGUGCAAAGUAUUGAUGAUGGAUAUGACAUGUUGAACUCAACUGAAGAUGAAGAACAAGUCAGAGAGAUGAUUGAGGUUUUUGAAUCAAGAUAUGAGAUGCCUCAACAGCAUAAAGUGGAAAAGUUGACUCAGAGUGUCUGCCUCACUGACCGAGAAUACUACGGUAUGAUUUUCAUUGUGGGUGUACUGCUGGUUAUACUCACCUUCAUUAUGGUCUCUGUAGCGAUGUAUUACAAACGGUACAAGAUUGCAAUGAAGAAUGCCAUGGCUAACAAUAACAGCCAUAUUCAUCCAUUCCGCGACCAGGAAAGAUCUGGACACAGUGCAUCAAGUUUGUUCUCAUUCAAGAGCUUCAUGAAUCCAAGCCGGAGCACAGUGAUGUCUACUGAUGAAGGGGGACUGGACCUGGGACUAGGCCUGGGUCUGACAACAGCUGUUGAUCCGAGUGAACCCAUCUACACCGAUCCAUCCCUCUUUGAGCGGUCUCGCAGUUUGAGGAGCAUUGCUGUGUCACAAACCGGUCACAAUCACCAAUGAUCAAUGCCAACCCAUAUCAUGGGCACAAAACUGGACUGUCUACGAGUAGAGAGCCAUACAAACUGAGGUCUGAUGCUACAUGUACGCGGUAGCCACCUCUUACUUGUAUUUUACAAUUGAUAGAGACCAAUCAUUGAAUGAUUUUCAAUUGAAGGAAUAAUUUUAGAACCAUGUUAAUUAAUCCUGUAAUAAUUAGUUUUCUUUGUGAUUUCUCCAGCACCAUUGUUAGGUGAAUGUUUGUUUGAUAAGUGUGCAAUAAUCAAUGAAUUGCAUUUGUUUUGGUUUAAGAAUAGUUGACAUACGCGGAUGGUGUCAACGGCGGAGGGGUGUAGUCGAAAUUAUUUGAUCACUCCUCUACCAUUGGGAUUCGUUUUCAAAAACAAGGCAGUCUGAUUGUAAUACAACUCCCAGGAAAUUGAAAAAAUAUACAAAUUUUAGUUUAGAUUCUAUGAAUGUAGUUUUAAUAAUGGAUAUGGGAAACAUUCCGGUCCACCAUCCGCAUAUGUCAGUUUUUUAUCUAUGUUAUAUUCACAUUAUUUUUGUCAUGCUUAAGUAUUUGUAUCUUUUGUUGCUUACUUCUAUCCUGAUUUCAUCAAUCGUGAUGUAAGGGUGUGUGAGAAAGAUGUUGCAACUGAAAACUUACUUGAGAGUUGGAUUGUCAGUUGUGCAAGAACAAACUAUCAAUCGAUAUACCGUGACAAGUACGCAAAUUUUCAUUGUGGGCUUAAAAUAGAAAUUGGCUAUAUAAUUUUUGAUGGCUUGAACAGUCUUAAUUUUCAAUUACACUUAUAAAUUGAUAACUCAUGACUUUUUCCAGAGCUUCUUAAUGUAGCUCAUUUUGAAUAAAAUUAAUUUGGUAAGAGUUUUAAUUUUUAUCAAAUAUGACGUAUGUGAUGUAAAUGUUAUCAUUUGACAAUAGGCAUACUUUUUUCUUCUACGCAUAUUUCUACACAUUUUUAAAGAAUUGAGCUGUUAUGUAUCAAGAUAUUUUAUUACAAAAUGUUAAUUUACUUAUAUGGGAAAAUUUACAAUAACCGCUAUAGAAAAUAAAAAUAGGAAGUCAGUGAAGAAAUAAAUCAAUCGAACAAGGCAUUAGCAUUCUCACAUUAUUUUUGUUAAGCAGUGCACUGUAAGUGAAUACCAUAAACUAUUUAGAAUAAUCAAAAACUGUCUCACUUGCUAGUGCAUUUGCUAUGUUUGAAUUAAUUCAUGGCGAAUCUAUUCUAUUCUAUUCUAUUCACAACAUAGAUACGACGAUAGUCUACACUGUAUAUUAAUCAGAUAUGCGAAUAACUUUAUCAACGGACAAAAUGAGGUUAACUCAAUUUGGCAUUUAGCUUCAAUUAAACAGGUACAGAUCCAUCAAUUUAUUGCAUGUAUGUAACGUCAAUAAUCCAAUAUAGAAAUCAAAAUGUCUAAUUUCAUUCAUAAGUUUUUCAGCAGGUUCAAAAAAAAAAAUUGGUCAACUCUAUGAUCAAAGUGGUAUUGUAUUAUCUACCCAGAUAUAGAGUACGGCAUUAGUUUUGGAAAUUUUUAAUCAAUAUUGCUCAAAAUUUGAAGAUUUCCAUAGAUUAAAAUCAAUCAUUCAAGUUUGUUAGAUUGAAGUUCAUUCCAUUUCUCACUGCAUCAAUAAUACAUUCCCUGAUAAAACUACUCCAUCAUGCACUUGCAGUACGCCUGCGAACUUCUAAUUUGGGGAUCGAUAUUGCAAUCGAUUAAGAAAAUAAUUACAAUUUUCUAUUGUUACGGUAUAGUAUAUUGUUAUACCGGCUGGGCAACACAAAAGAGGCGCAGUGUCAUACUGAUAGUGAAUCAAAUGUUCAAGUAAGGUAAACUCAAUAUUCUAUCAAUAAGGUGAUUCAAUGAUGGAAAAACCAGAGAGUGUUUUGUACUGUAUGUAUGUACUGUUUUCUAUAAUUCAAUCAUAUUGACAAAUAAUAUCACUUUCAGUAUCUCACAGGGCAACUUUUCUGUUGUCAAACUGGUACUGUUCUUUAUAUUUAUGAUGGAAAGAUUGAUGUUUUCAUUGCGCUAGAUUUGUGAGAAGUUUUCAAUUUAGUAUUCUUAGUGUCACAACCUUUAAAAUAAUUAUUAUGAAAAUUUGUAUCAAAUAAUAAUAUCUUAUGAUUUUUCAAUAUACUAUUUCCAUCGAUGA